CCAGUCUAGUCGCACCGUGUCUAAUGCACUUGUGCUCAGCUCCUGUCUGUAUCCUGCAGUCUGCAUAAUGCCGAGGGGAUUUCUUGUAAAGAGAAACAGGAGACCUUGUGGAUCGUAUCGCAUUCCUUUUGAGGACAAUGGACCUCUCCAAUCUCUGGCCACGCCAUCGGUUUUGGAUGCACUGAUACCUUAUACCCCUAUCAUGCUCCCUAGCUCAGAGCCUACAGCUGGCAUUGCGGAGAAAGCAAAGCAACCGCAAACUAUGCAUGAAGAUUUGCGAGCGACGAAUGACGUUUCCCCUGUGAAAGCCAGUGGGGGACUAGAGCAACUGGAGCACUGGGAUCUGUUGCCUCCCAGCCCGGUGCAGUCUGUAGGUUUGGAAAUGAAGAAAACUUUUUUCAAGAGAUAUCUCAGCUCACCGGCUGCCGCAGAGUCCUUCCCAGUGGCUGCAUCCUUUACACCUAUGGAGAAGCUUCUGUCUCAUCACAACCAUUUCCUGACACCUGAAACACAGCUACAUGCAAACCUGUCUUCUUGGGACACUCCAAGACCUAAUAAAGUCACCAGUAAGAAACAUAAAGCAAGUAGGAAGCUGCACUUUGCGGAUGAUGUGACCACAUCUCCUGUGUUGGGACUAAAGAUCAAGGCAGAGGAACCAGAAGCUAAAUCUCGCAGCCCUCUGGUUAAGCGCCCCCCACUAGGGGAGUUCAUCUGCCAGCUCUGUAAAGAGCAGUACGCUGACCCUUUUGCAUUAGCACAGCACAAGUGCUCCAGGAUUGUCCGUGUGGAGUACAGAUGCCCAGAGUGUGAGAAGAUAUUCAGCUGUCCGGCAAACCUAGCUUCACAUAGAAGGUGGCAUAAACCCCGGACAUUAGUAAGUGAUGGGCUAUUGGGGAAAAAGAGUCAGAUCCCAGGGGAGGGUAAAGAGAACAGCAGUGGUCUGAGCUUGUUGGAGAAGAGCGCACGCUUUCAGCACCAGCAGAGUGUGGACAGCUCCCAGCUUUCCGAUCAGCACCUUCGUCCUGUGAGCGGCUCCUUCCAGAGCAGGGAAGACAACGAGACUCCGGUCUCACAAAGCACCUCUGAAGAAGGGGACGAGGAAGCUUUUCACUGCCCGUACUGCUACAAGAGGUUCCGUAGGCAUGCGUAUCUACGCAAACACCUGCUCACUCACCAGCACUACAGUCCAUUAGAAAGGGGGCAGCUCACCUACCCAUGCACCCUUUGUGGAGUUCAUUUCCCUUCCAUGGACAUUAGAGACAAGCACAGACUGUGGCAUGCAGUAAGAGAAGAGCUUCUACUCCCCCUGGAAGAAGCUCUGGUGGCUGCUGAAGGAGGGCAACAAAUUUUCCCCUGUGAAUUGUGCCCUACUGCCUUCUUUAGCUCUCCCGGGCUCACCUUACACGUGAACAAGUGUCAUUCAUCUGAGAACAGACAAGAACCACCAGCCCAAAUCCCCCUCUGACCUGAUCGUUGAAGAUUUACAUUAGGUGGUAACCACAGAGUGCGUGCACUCCUGUUUAAAUAUAAAAUCAAAUUGUAUUUUUUCUCAUAGUUACCUAAUUAACGUUUUAAAUAGUUAUAACCUUUAAAUGUUUUAUCACCAGCCCUAGAGAUUUCCAAAGUAUACUCGUGGUAAUAUGCAGUUUUAAUUAUUUAAAUAUGUUUAUGUAUUAAAAUGAGUAUGUACAAAAUUUGUGUAAAACGUAUAAUAGCAAAGUAUUCCUAUCCAAAGUUCAAAUAUAUGUUUCUUAUUGAUCA